AUGAAUCCCAACUUCUCCCUCCCAAUGCGGCCUCAUCCUCGCACACGUUCAACUGAGGAUGCUCGAGAUUCCCACGAUAGCCAAGCCGCCUCCAAUCCACAGCAGAGCGAACUCAAAGUCCGCAAGCGAGCUUCUACCUUUCGGCAGAAACUCGAGAAUCUGGAGAACCAGUCAAAACCCAAGACUGCUAGACAAGAUGCUUUCCUACAGAAUGGAACUCUCAUACCGAUCGUGGCACAUGAUCAUCUUCGUGAGAAAGCACAGCUGCACGACUCAUCCGAUGACCGUACUGUCAAACUGUCGACAUCUGGAGUUAUCGCAAAGCAGACGAGUCUUCUUGAAAUGGUCAGAGAGAAUCUUAGACACGUGAGGUCUCAAACGCCCUCCCCCGAGCUUAAAUACGAAGGUGUAAGAAGCACAUCUUCAUCCUACCCAGAACAGGGUAUGAGAUCUCCCAGCACGCCGUCGCCAGACUUGGAUGUUCGCAUUGCAAAGAUCGACCUUGGUGAUUUGACCAGGUACAGUCGCACCUAUGAUCGUCUGUCGGCUCUGCGCUCUUCUUCAAGUUCUUCUGGUGCCAGAAGGAUUAUGAGCCAAGGAAGCACUCAUCGGGCACUGACGGAUGCUGCAGCAGCCUUCGGGCAACUGCACCGCUUUCCAACCCCUUCGUAUCAUCGUUUCGAAAUUGUGUCGAGCUCUGAAGACUUGACGGCACAUGCUUUGGCUCCGCAAAACAGCAUAGCUAGCCAGACAUCAUUAAAAGAUACUAUCGAGUGCAUCGAGACACAUGGACCGACAAGAGUGAAAGCUCAGGCCCAACUUGGGAAUCAGACAGACGAAUCACAUCCAGACAGUCCUCGUCCAUCAAUUAAGCCACCCAAAGUGGCCGGAACCCCGAAAAGAAAAGCUUCUAGCAUCUCCCUUCGGGGCUUGACAGCUGGCGUAAAACGGUCUCGUGUCGAGCUUGAGAAGCUCGCAUACAAUGUUUGCCAUACCGGCUGUUACAAGCUCCGCCAGGUUCGUGAGAGCAUCAAACGCCAACGCAAAGAACAAAAGAAACAGUACUCGGCAUGGAAGUCGUUGCGACGACAACUCAAGCCAGGGGACGCCAUCAAGGGCAAACAUGAGAAAGGAUUUGCGUCGUUUUCGAUCGAUAAAAGUCGGCAUGGAAAUGAAUCUUGGUGGAAAGCAGGCGUGGAAAAGUACCGUGCUCCCAAGUGGAUGCAAUUCGGAAAAUAG